AUCCUUCGAGAUGCCCAACUUAUCUGCAUUGUGGGAGCUAUCUUCUUCGUGGAUGUCUGCGUUGUCACUACCUGGGUGAUGUGGGAUCCGAUGUCUCGCAAAGUGACCGAACUCCCGGACCAGGUCAUGUUCUACCAAAUAUAGCUCCUGCUUUAGCAUAUAUUCGAAUUUUGACAGAAUUUGAGAACGUCAAGUUGGUGUAG